AUGUUACUGCUUAGAAGCUACAAGAAAUACAAAGUGGGGCCGAUUCCCAAACUUGAAAAAAUUGUCGGAGGUAGUCAUUUUAUAAAAGAAUUUAAGUUUGGCGCAUCACCAAUCUUUGGUUCUGGCCAGAUAGAAUCCCAGUUUCCCAGUACUGCUGAGUUAAGGAGUCAAAACUUCGCCCAGCUCAUAGAAUCGGCACAUCCGGAAUUCGCGAGUUACGGCGCCAGAUUAAAAAGUUUUGAGUCAUGGCCUUGCUGA